ACUGAACGUCAAUUGCUUUUUCAGUUGCUUGCCGAACAUUGUGGAGAUCUGAGGUGUAGGGAAUCAGAAAAUGUCUUCCAGUAAAUACUUUUUUGGACUUUUUAUCCUUUUGACAAUCUACUUGGAUGUGGUUGAUCCAUUUGUGGCCUUUACUCCUGCCAGUACCCAUGGUAUCUUUGCCGCAUUAGCUGUACCCUUGGAGUUGCCCCACCGCAACGUUUUCGUUUCUUAUAAUUUUGAGGCCAACUACAAUUUACCCGAAAAAUGGGACAAAUGGACAAUAUUUCAAAAUGGUCCCAUUGAAUCGGAAGAAGUUGUAGACACGGAUGCAGAUGCAGAGACAGAUACCGACACCGGUGAAGAGUCAUCUAGAAAAUUGGCUGAUGGUUGCCAUAAUUGCACCAAGGAGGAAUCCAAUCAAGGACAAGACAAGGAGGAAGAGACAGAAACACCCAGAAGUGAAAGAAAAGUUCGAUCUCUGUUAACUCGAACCAAUAUAUAUCGUAUUUUUAUAGACAAGUUGAAAAGGAGCGGUUUCCAAGGCGAGUCGUGCUUACUCCGAUUAAUUUGUGAGACUACAGCUGCUCAACUUGAUGAAUUCAAUGGUGUAUUGGGAAGCAUAAUGCAUGUGCUUCUGAGUCCCAGCACUUCGGAAUCAGAGAAUCUUCCCCUGCGCUAUUACCAAGCUGAGCAUGAUGGCUGGAACGAUCAUUGUCACUUUUAUGAGCCCGGAUGCGGCGAAAGUCUUCUGGAACUUGUAUCAGAACCCUUCGAAGCCAUUCUUAACCACAUUGAAACCAAUAAAGUUUAGGCUUUCUCAUAUUCAGAACAACCCGUCUGGCC